AAACUGAUUCCACCGGAUCUAAAUACGAAAUUCAAUUCCCGAAAAGUGAAAGAAUGUGACACCCAGAAGCUGCAAAUGCUACCAAUGUCAACGAAUCAACCUCGAGGAAAAUAAAGUGACGCGUCCCCUUUCAAUUAAAAAGUAGAAAAACACGCUUUCAAGUUCUACAUCCUCUGUUUUAUUUUCUUAACCUCGCCAAAGCCCUCCUCCACCACCACCACCACCACCUUCUUCAAUCUCGUACUCAACAAAACCACGAAAACGGGAAAUUCCAAUUCUACCCCUACCCUCUAUCCAAAAUUACCAACGAUGUACGGCAACAUGCUGGUAAACUGCUCCAACUGCCGCGCCGCUCUGCAGAUCCCACCGGGCGCCGGAUCCAUCCGCUGCGCCCUCUGCCACGCUGUUACUCUGAUCGGCGACCCACGCGCCCUCCCUCACCAGCCCCCUCCUUCCUCCCACGCGCCUCCGCCGCCCUCCCCCUACCAGCACGCGCCGCCCGGCCCUCCUCCCAACCCCCACGGCCGCAAGAAGGCCGUCAUCAUUGGCAUCUCCUACCGCUUCUCGCGGCACGAGCUCAAGGGAUGCAUCAACGACGCCAAGUGCAUGCGCUACCUUCUCAUCAACAAGUUCAAUUUUCCAGAGUCUUCCAUCGUCAUGCUCACCGAAGAAGAAGAUCCCCAUGGCCCAAGAUUUCCAUCCAAGCACAACAUCAGGAUGGCAAUGUAUUGGCUUGCACAAGGAUGUCAACCUGGAGACUCCCUGGUUUUUCAUUAUUCUGGUCAUGGAUCGCAGCAAAGGAACUAUAAUGGUGAUGAAGCUGAUGGAUAUGAUGAAACUCUAUGUCCCCUUGAUUUUGAAACACAGGGUAUGAUUGUAGAUGAUGAGAUCAAUGCAUCACUUGUCAGACCUAUUCCUCCUGGGGUUAGGCUACAUGCACUAAUUGAUUCCUGCCAUAGUGGUACUGUUCUCGAUUUGCCAUUUCUUUGCAGAAUGAACAGGAAUGGACAAUAUGUAUGGGAGGACCAUCGCCCUAGGUCUGGCGUAUGGAAGGGUUCUAAUGGUGGAGAAGUUAUCUGCUUUAGUGGAUGCGACGAUCAUCAAACUUCUGCUGAUACAUCAGCUCUAUCAAAGAUUACAUCGACUGGGGCAAUGACAUUUUGCUUCAUCCAAGCCAUAGAGCGUGGUCAUGGGGCUACCUAUGGCAGCAUUCUUAGUGCAAUGCGCAGUGCCAUCAGAAAUGCUGAUGGUGGUGGUGGUCUUGGGGGUGGCGACGUCGUAACAUCCCUUCUGUCCAUGCUUUUGACCGGAGGAAGUGUCAGUGCCGGUGGACUGAGACAGGAACCGCAGUUAACAGCUUGCGAAGCAUUUGAUGUGUAUAGUAAACCCUUCUCAUUGUGAAAUUCAAUAUUCUUUAUACUGCAAAUUGUUUUUGUCAGUGCUUCUCUUGUAUACCACUACAAGAUUACAAACAAUGAAAAAUUAAUGUAUUAUAAAUUAGAUAGGAUACUUUUUCUUCGGAAACCACUGAGUAUGUGUUUGGACGAAUUUAUGUCUACCCUUCUUGAGAGCGUGAUAUGGAUAUAAUAAUGACUUUGGUUGCUGCUGCAAUCCUUGGAUUAAUAUGCUGAUUUGACUCAGAAUCGCACAUGUAAUUUGAAUUCUACACCAGAGAUGAGCUUACCCUUACCGUUACCACUGGUUAAAAUAGGUUUGUUUGUGACAUCAAAUUGUGUGUGGUGCAUAUCCUUAGUAGAUGGGGAAAGUGAAAAGUGGUUCUUGUCCUCUUUUUGGCCACAGUAAAUAAAAAAAAAAGCUUAAAUA